AUGCAGCUUGACUCUCGCUACUCUAGCGAUGAGAUGAAGAAGCUCUUCAGCCAGCGCUCCCGCCACAGCACCUGGCGCAAGCUAUGGCUGUACCUUGCAGAGGCUGAGAAGGAUCUUGGUAUUGAUACCAUUACCGAUGACGCCCUCACACAAAUGCGAGAGCACCUCACUGUCACUAACGAUGACUUUGGAGUUGCUGCCGUCGAGGAGAAGCGUCGACGACACGACGUAAUGGCACAUGUGCACGCUUUUGGCCAGGUUGCUCCGGCUGCUGCUCCCAUCAUCCAUUAUGGUGCUACUUCGUGUUAUGUUACUGAUAACGCGGAAUUGAUACUAAUGAGAGACGCCAUGGAUCUGCUGAUACCCAAGUUGGCCAAGGUCAUCCACAAUCUUGCUGCUUUCGCUGAGAAGCACAAGGCUGUUCCCACUCUUGGUUUCACUCACUAUCAACCUGCCCAGUUGAUUACUGUCGGAAAACGUGCCGCUCAGUGGGCUCAGACUUUGAUGAUGGACCUCGAGGACAUUGAGCAUGUCCGCAAGGAGCUUAGGUUCCGUGGUGCUCAGGGUACGACUGGUACUCACGCUUCCUUCUUGGAGAUCUUCAACAACGAUGGCAGCAAGGUCGAUCGUUUGAACCAGCUUCUUUGCAGCAAGGCCGGUUUCCCUGCCUGCUAUGACAUCUCCACCCAGACGUACACCCGAAAGGUCGAUUUGCGUAUUGCCAACGCCAUCUGUGGAUUGGGUGCUAGCGUACAGCAGAUCUGUGCCGACAUUCGCCACCUAGCAAAUCUCAAGGAGAUGGAAGAGCCGUUUGAGAAAGACCAAAUUGGUUCAAGCGCCAUGGCGUACAAGCGCAACCCCAUGAGAAGUGAGCGAAUUUGCUCGCUUGGCCGUAAGCUCGCAAAUCUUCCUAUGGAUUUCAAGGACAGAUGUCCUCGUAGGAUGGAGCGUACGUUGGACGACUCCGCCAUUCGCAGAAUUGACAUCCCUGAGAUGUUCCUGCUUGCCGAUGCUGUUCUGAUAGGAAUGGACAACGUGUCGGACGGCCUCGUUAUCUAUCCCAAGGUUAUCAACUCUCGAGUCAUGAGCGAGCUGCCAUUCAUGGCCACCGAGAACAUCAUCAUGCGUAUCGUGGCAAAGGGCGGAAACCGACAAGAUGCUCAUGAAGAAAUUCGUGUUCUCUCUCACCAGGCUUCAGCCGUCGUGAAGCAAGAGGGCGGUUCCAACGACCUUAUCGACCGCAUUAAGUCCACGGACUACUUCAAGCCGAUUCACGGCGAGAUCGACCAGAUGCUUGACCCCUCUCUGUACAUUGGUCGCUCAGUCGAGAUUGUCGAGCGCUUCUGCGGCAGCGGCGGCGUCCUGACAAAGAAGCUCGAGCCCUACCAGUCUCACAUCCAGGGUGCUGCCACUGCUCAGCUCAAUGUCUAA